UUCUACAGCUACACUGCCGCAUAAUUUUCGCGUUUAAUUGUAUGAGAAAGUAUUAUUUAUUUAACACAUCUUACGGAAACUAACUUAAGCAACAUGACGAAUGAAUGCGCUGUGCUGCGUUUGCCGGUGGACUGCGAGACGAUAAGAUUUAAUGAUUGGACCAUUAGCUACGAGAAGUCACACAUUUUAAAGAGUAUGUGCCACUUGGGCAGCGACAAGUGCUGCGACAAGGAUGAUGUCAAUCGCUGUGAGCUCUGCCACUAUCAGCAUACGCUGGAGCUGCCUCACCUACCAGACAUGGUGUUCCACAAAAACAAGCUCGUCCUCCAGCACAAAGAUGGCGCCCUGAUGGAGUUCAAGCCCAUAGACGCACUCGCUCUGGUCGCUAAUGGCAAAGAGGCAGCCGUCGAGGUGGCCUGCGCUCAGGAAUGGCGAGAAACACGCGCCGAACAGAACAUGGAACAUAAAUACAAACCCUUCGACUGGACAUUCACAUCCACAUAUCAGGGCACAUUGAAUGAACACUUUCGUUCGGAGGUCACAGAACAAACGCUCAACAAAAUGAAACUGAUGCAGCGUGAGAAUAUUCUCUUCUAUCACGAUCUCACACUAUACGAGGAUGAGCUGCACGAUCACGGCAUCUCCGCGAUGAGUGUGCGCAUUCGUGUGAUGCCCUCCGGUUUCUUUGUGCUGUUGCGUCACUUUCUGCGAAUCGACGAUGUGCUCAUACGAAUGCAUGAUACGCGCUUCCACUAUGAGAUCGAGAAUAAUUAUAUACUCAAGGAGUAUAUACAUCGUGAGGCACCCUGUUCCGAGCUACAGUCGUCCAUUAGUUUAUGGACGAAUCCUGAUGAAAUGCAAAACUUUCUGCCCGUCAAGACCAAGGAGCUGCACAAAUUAUAUUUUAAAUAGUUUAGUAAUCUCUUU